UCAUGUAAACUUGAAUGAGGUCAAUUUGAUGCACCUGGUUUCCAGGCAAUUAAUUAGGAACCAAUUAGCUUUGCUAUUUAUCUACUUGAGAUUCACACAACUGGACUGUUUGUUUUACUGCUGCAAUGGGACGAAAUUGUGCAGCAGUCAGCAGUAUGUUUCUACUGCUUGCUGCUCUUUUCUCCAGUGAUGGGCUGCUUUGUAACUACUGCCCCCUGCAGGUCAAAGACAAGAUCUGCCCCAACAUCACCACAGCAUGUAGGCCGCAUGAGCGCUGUUUCUCCAGCAGAGGCCGUUACGGACGUGUCCACGUGCUUUCUGGUCAGGGCUGUGUGGCAGAAGAGCUCUGUGAUUCACAUCAAACACUUAUACACAUGAGCGUGGCCUACAAUGUCACCUACAUGUGCUGUUGUUAUAACCUCUGCAAUGACGCCCCUACAGCAGAUAACCUCCUCAAACAGUUACUCGGGCUAACCACUGCUCCUGCUAACAAUAUCAGCAACGCCCAUCCUUUCAAUCUCUGUCCAGAGAAUUAAUGCUUUAACGUUAUCAUGGAUGAUGUAAAGCUGAUGUGAAAGUGGGAUUUUAUUGCAUGAUUGCUUGUAUGAAUAACUUGAUCAUUUUAUUAAUGCCAGAAUGAAAUCACACGUCUCAUAAACAUCAGCUGGUUUUUCAGUCUGGAAACUGAGAAACUUUGUAAUAAAACACAUGCUGCUUGAGUUUGAAAA